GACGGUGUCCCGACACAGCACGGGCGGCUGUGCUCUGCCUGGCAUUCAAGCGUAGUUACAUGGAGAUAGCACGCACCGCAGCAAUUUUCUAGGAAUGGAUGUAUGUGGAGAAAUCUGAAUGUAACCACUUCUCACAUUUUCUUAUUUUCUUUCUUUUUUUCUUUUUUUCGUUGCCCAUUUUUUCUGUCUGGACUACAUCUCCAUGGCUUGGCCGUGCAUCAGUAGAGUGUGCUGUUUGGCUCGGUUCUGGAACCAGUUUGAUAAAUCUGAUCUCUCCGUUCCGUUAACGAUUCAGAACUAUUCUGACAUCGCAGACCAAGAGGUUCGGUCUGUAACUAAACAAGUACUGACUGACAGGGCUCCCAGAAACGACUAUGUGACACCGGAUCACAGAGAUUCGCCCACGGUACCGGAUGGCGGUGGGAACCGGAGAUCAUGUCGUGGACGCACAGAACCGAGCUUCAAACCCCGAGAGGAUUACCAACCUCCUUGUAUACCUUUUCCAAGUGUCACUCAGUACAAGCAGGACUACAAACCCUGGCCCAUUCCGAAAAAGGAUAAUUUCCCUUGGAUUAGCAACGGGAGUAAGGGGGGCACUCUUAAGGAGAGCCCCAUUAACAAUCACUCCCACACAAAUCACCCAAGAGUGGAGAGAGAGGAGCGGAACCGGCAGAAAUGGGGCGAACCGACCGUGGGAACUACUAAGACAAGCUCGUACAGGCAGGAGUACCGCCCUUGGACCGGCGCACGGCCGUCCAGGCCGGCCCAGAGGAGGCCGACGUGCCUGAGCCCGGGCUCGGAUGGGCCCGAGCCGCAUCAUGCCACCAGCUACCAGGCUGCUUUCAGCGGGGGGGAGGUCCAGCGGCAGACAGACAGCCCCAAGCUGGAGCAUCCAGGAGCCCAGCCCAGCAGCGGCAUUGGCCUGCCCGAGAAGUCCGAGAUCCACAGUCCGACAGCCAGCCGGGUGGAGGACCAGCUGGUGCGGACCAAGCUCUCCCCCAACCCCUCUGCCGUGUUCCAGAGUGGAUCCCGCAUCUUCAACAUCUAAUGGUGUGCUCCAGACACACCCGCCACAUCCACACCCCCAUCCACACCCGCAAUCACAACCCCCAUCCACCACCUGGCCCCACACACACAAAGAGGCUGCCCUCCUGCUGCUCCACACGUCCCCGAUGUCUCUCCUGCUCUCCAACUACCUAACUGGACCCACCAGAGGACCGUGGCACAAUGAUUUUGUUAAUUUGCGAAAAAAAAAGGCAUCAUAAAGUAGACUUGAUUUGAUGAAUACACCUGAUUUUCUGCUCCUUCACAAAAGGCAUUAUAAUGAGGCUGGCACAGAUGAAUACUGUACAUGUGACGUUUGUGGGCUUUAGAGUGCCAGUCAGGUGUGUGUGUGUGGAUCAGGACCAUGAGGGGGGGCUUUAGAGUGCCAGUCAGGUGUGUGUGUGUGGAUCAGGACCAUGAGGGGGGGCUUUAGAGGUCGGAGGUGAGAGGAAUUCACUCCAUCAGUUCCACACAAUGGGAAAUCUAUGCAAAGGAGGAAGGUGGGUGGGUGGGCGGUGUUGGGGUUGGAAAGUGCAAGGGGGAAACAUGGCAUGUGUGUGAUAAAGACAGUGAGGGAGAAUAAGUGUGGGAGAGCAGUCAUCAAAACACACAUACACACACACACACACAUUUAGAGAUGAGAGACACACGACACAAAAUAAAUCCCUCCCAUCAAUCCCUUGCUUUUAUGGUCCCAGUCCUGGGGGAAAUCAAAUAUGCAUGUUGCGAAUAUAGUUUGACAAAGCAUCUCUGCAGUGUUAGAAUACUGAUGAACAACAUGGCUGCUCAGUAAGCUAUUGUGAGUGUUUGUGUGCUUGUUAAGAUGGAAUGACUUUUGCUUAACUUUUCUUUGUUUUGGACAUAUUCUCCAUUUGAUUCUCAAGGGAUGUCUGUAUGUGUAUGCUUAAAAACAUAUUGAUGCCCCCAAUGUUAUGCUGUGCUGUCUGCAAGAUUUGUAUAAUCAUCAAAAAGAUGCUUGGGAAUAUUUAUUUAAUUUUUUUAAUUCCACCACAAAACUCUUUUCUGACAUGUUGGACCAGUUGUUAGAUUUUAUUUUGUAAAUUUGUUGUUGAAUAAAAAAAAGGUU